AUGGUUGAGGAAGAUGAUAGAUAUACUUUAAGAUAUAUUGCUAGUGUUGUUGGUAUCUCAUCAGCAAAGCGGCUCAGUCGUGCAGAUUCCAACUCCACAAGUAAUACAGCUAUACAACACAUAUCAGAGUCAGUGUUUGUGGGACUGUGUCGUAAAGUUGGGACUUCACAACUUGUGGCCAUGAGGAGAGAUGUGGCGGACAUCAAUGAUGUGGUGAGAAAUUAAGCGACAAAAAAUAGUGUUGUGAAAACUGUCUUGAUGAGUGGAAGUCGAAGAGAAGGAUUCAGACUGCAAGGGUCAGAUAUAGACUAUAUGUUCUGGCCAAAUAAUCACCGAGUGAUCUGGGAAUUAUCUCAGUCUCAGUAUUACAACACACACAGACAAACACUGAUCCUCUCUGACUGUUCUGAGAAUCCACCAGGAUUCACUUUAUUAUAUUUACUGUCACCAAGCAUGGACAGACAAGUCCAUGGAACUUGUGUUAGAAUGAAGAACAGGAAUUAUAUAUCUAGUUCUAAGUACAGACAGAUCAUGUGUUCUGUAUCAUCAUCUACUUCCACUCCACAUGGACCCUGUGCGAGCAGAACAAUUGGUACAGUAGAAUAUGAUUCUGCAAGCUGUCUUGUCUCUGACUUUUGGCCUCCAUCUGCCUCAUACUGGAUAGAUAGAUGUCACACAUGGCCCCAACCUCAAAUUGUUGAUGAUAUAGUGAAAAAUGGUUGUCAUUUUGUAGCAAUAGGACAUAAACUAGGAAGACAUGAAGCUCAUGAAUGGAGAAUUUCUUUCUCUUUGGCAGAACAAAAACUUGUGCAUGCAAUGAACUACUGUCAAUUCUUAACUUACGACUUACUUAAAUUGUUCUUAAAUGAAAUAAUUAAUAAUGGUCUGGAUGAUAAUGAUAAAUUACUGUGUUCCUAUCACAUGAAUACAGCAGUUUUCUGGGUGAUUCAACAAAACACAAUGCCACACUGGUAUCCACAAAAUCUCAUGUUGUGUUUCUGGGUCUGUUUUAAACUCCUCCUUAAAUGGGUGUAUCAAGGAGUCUGUCCUAACUUUUUCAUUCCGGAUAACAACAUGUUUCUGAGUAAAAUUAACGGCGACAAACAACAUCAGCUAUUCAUGAAACUGUAUGGGUUGUAUGAGAAAGGUUUAGUGUUUCUGCUACACAGUUCCUCUAUAAGGUCUUAUAUAAUUAAUGUCCUUCAUAACCCAAGACUCUCCAUCUGUACAGAUGAACAAACUCCAAUUUUUGAGUUUGAUAAAAACUUUUUUAUUGAAACGCACAAUGAAACAUUUCACGAAUUCAACUUUGAAAUCUGUAUGAGACAUCUACAUACAAUAGAACGGAUUACAUGUUUACCCCUCCUGACAAAGUAUCAAAACUUCAUGCUUCAGAGACUUACAGCUGAAGUCCUCCAGAGCACUGCUUUUAUAUUACACAUGGAAUCUUACACACAUAAAAACAAACUGAGGUAUAGAGCUGACAAAAUGGCCUGCCACAUGCUGAAAUUAGCAGCCAAGUUUGGUUGUAUUUCUGACAUGGUGUACAUAGUCAUGUAUUAUUACAAGACACUUAGAUACAUGGAAGCUUCAUCUAUUUUAGAGAUGAUCAAGGUCAAGUUAGCACAGCCUUAUGUGAUGUAUAUGGGUAAAGUAGAUAAAGAGAUGUAUACUGAGGCUGUAGGAGGACAGUCUUGGUCUACAAAGAUGAGACAGGCUGUAGCAUGGGUUGUCAAACUUGACAAUAGAAUCCAUUACAUCAGUGAAUUAAUACCAGAACAACAGUCUGCUCUACAGAAUGAUGUCCUUGUAUUAAUUGUCCCACCCUUUAUAUUGUUAUACAUGCUAGAGAUUUUGUGCUGCAGACAUGUAGACACAGUGAGAAUACAAACAGCCUUAGAUGAUCUACAGACCCUAGUUCACUAUGAUCGGGGAUGGUGUAUAGCUUUACAUCACAGAGACAUAUCCUGCCAUAUUCUGGGGAUCUGUCAACAGGUGACAGGGAACCUCCAGGCAGCUCUAUACUCAUACCAACAAUCUCUUAGACAAGAACCAUUCAACAAAAUACAAACAGCUACGCAAAUGAGAUUACAGCAGAUUUUUUCUUCCUCGCCGCACACUGAUGUUUCUUUGCCUCCUCUAACUGUUGAUUCCCACUCUGUAUAUCCUCCAAAGCUAGUUCUAUUUAUUAUAAACCUAUGUGUUACAAACAAAAACAGAAAUAGUACAGAAAUAUAA